AUGGAAACUUCUUUUGCUUUUUUUUCUUGUUCUUUUUCUUAUUUAUUUAAUCUUGUUGUUGUUGUUCUUCUUCUUCUUCUUCUUCUCCUUCUUCUUCCUCUUCUCCUUCUCCUCAUUCUUCUUCUUCCUCUUCUCCCUCUUCUCCUUCUUCUUCUUCUUCUUCUCAGUCAUUUCUGUAUUUUUUUCGAUUUGAUUCAUUUUACUUUUAUUUUUCUUCAUUUUUCUUUCGAUUCAUUUUUUUACAUUCUCUUUGCUUCAUUUCAAUUUUCAUUCGUUAUUACUAAUUAUCUUUUCUUUUCUUUCAUUAUUUCUAUUUCUAUUCAUUUUUCAAAAUAUUUUUCCUUUUUUAUUUUUAUUUUUUCUACCGUUUCUUCUCUUUUACUUCACUUUUUGUUUUUAUUAUUUUUCUUUAUUUUCCUUUUGUCUUCCUUAUUUUCUGAAUUUUUCUUUCCUUCUUUCCCCAUUUCUCUUUCUCUUCAUUUUUUUUCCUUUUACUUCAUUUUCUUUUCUUUUUCCUUUAGUCCCUUUAUUCUCCCGCCCUUUUCUUUUUCUUUUCUUUUUCUUUUAGUUUCCUUCUUUCUCUCACAUUUGUUUUAUUUUCCUUUUCUUCUUCAUUCCUAUUUCUUUUUCUCAUUUACUUCAUCUUCUCACCUUCCUCUCCAUUUCAAAUUUCUCUCAUUUUUUGACACGAUAAUCAUUUAG